AUGUUCCGCUGGUACCAGUUGGCGGAUGUAUGCUAUGCGUAUCUGGAGGACGUGCAGCCCAAUAAGAACAAAGAUGAUCUCAACAAAGAAGUCGAGAAUAGCGAAUGGUUCCAGUGCGGGUGGACGUUGCAGGAACUCAUUGCUCCGUCCAAUAUGGUUUUUCUUGCAGCAGACUGGACUAAGAUAGGCGAGAAGCAUGACUUGAGUGGGCUGAUAUCUAGGAUUACUAUGAUAGAUGAGGCGAAGCGGAUGUCGUGGGCUUCGACGAGAAACACAACUAGGGUUGAGGAUAGGGCAUAUUGUCUUAUGGGGAUUUUUAAUGAAGGCAUUCAUCAACUGCAGGAGGAGGUUAUGAAGGUGUCUGAUGAUCAGAGCCUCUUUGCGUGGGACGCGUCUGAGUUUGAGGGGCUUAAUGCUACUGGUUUACUGGCUUUAACACCGGUGUUCUUCAAAAACUCUAAGAAUAUCGUCCCUUUCCGAUUUCUCAAGAACAGCUCCCCCUUCACAGUGACUAACAAGGGAAUUCGAUUACAGCUACCUCUUGCCACCUUGAAAAGAGGAGGAGGCAGGAGCUUUGGGAUGGAAACAAUCACUGAGAAGAAAGCGCUCAUUUUGGAAUGUCAGGAAAUAUCAGCAGGUCAAUGUGCUAACCCUGUGGUGGUGUUUCUAGGCCAACUGUCUGGGAGCGAGUCUCAAUUUAUAAGAAUCCGGCGCAAUUUGCAAAAGCAUAUGGCAUGGGGCCACCUUCGAUUUACAGAGCCGUCCACCAUUUACGCGAGGAAGAUCUGUUGGGGCUUCGAAGAGGCUGUUAUAAAGCCUGCUAGAGCAACGCUUAUUCAGGGCACUGAACCUGUGGCAGCAAAAUCUCAACAUAAUUUGAUAUUAUUAUUUGAUAGCGGAUGCCGUAAUCGACAUCGAACAGGGACUGGAUCCACCAUCCAGGCUAUGCGCCACCUAAUCAGCGAUACGGGUGAUUCGCAAAUUUGCUGCUUUGACCAAACCGCCGCGGACGAGGUCGAUAGUAUUGAGAUGCGUGUGAUGCGCGCAUAUAAGGUAGAUUUCCCUGGGAAACAGUGGUGUGUGGACAACUAUUCCAGCGGCAGUAAAUACUACAUCUUUGGUUUUUCAACUGGAGGCUUCGUGGCGCAGGUGCUGGCUCAAAUCCUGGAAUAUAUCGGAGUCAAAUUGGAUACACUACUGCCCACCAAUGAACAUGAGAUAUGGAACACUUAUCUAGCCUGGUACCUUGCGACGUCGCGUGGUAAUCGGGACAUGGCAAGAAGUGAAUUUUCAAGAAUGACUUCUCUCCGCAGCUGGAACCAAGGAUGUACGGUCACCUUCUUAGGCCUAUUUGAUUCAGUGAACAUGGCACCUGGUUGCAAGUUGGCAAGAGGGACCAGUGGCCGUCUGAAGGAGGAAGACCUACCAUCCGUUCUUAUACAUCCAGCUCUUGUGGUCCGCCAUGCUGUGGCCAUUGACGAACAGCAUCCUGCAUUGCGACCAAACUUAGCAAACGAAAUUGCUGGCUGCACGCAUGACUUUCAAGAACUUUGGUUUCCAGGAGGGCACGCAGACAUUGGUGGAGUAGCUGGCUCCGACACGAAUGAGAAGUGGAGAAUCAGUUCUAUACCGCUCGUCUGGAUGAUCCGCGAAGCAGCUAGAGCCGGCAUGGGGUUCAAUCCGCAUAAGCUACGCCAGUACUUUGGCCUUGAUGGAUCGGUGCAGGUACAAGUACCUGAUGGGCUGUAUUGUGCUUCCAAAAUGGAUCCUACGCAUGAAUACUGGAGAUUUUGCGACCGGCUCACACCGCGAUCAAUCCUCAGAGCAGGAGUACUAGAAGAUAUUUCUCAUUUCGACAUUCGCAUGAAAGCACUUUCCGCAAAGGCAGAGGUCAUUAACGAGAAACUCACAAACACAUUAUGUCACCACACAAUGGGCCGCUCACAUGGUAUCGGGACUUUAGCAGACGAUUCAAAACAGACCCCAUUCCUCGGCCAAGGUUGGCUUGAGCAAUUUUUUGUACUUCCGAAAGCGAUUCUCAUCCUCAAAUUGUCAUACCCCAGACAACAUUCGACGAAUUAUUCCAAAUGGCGCUGCACAUCAUACAUCGGUCCUGCAUAGAAUGUGCUCAGAGCUUGUCAAGUACCGACCAAGCAAUAUAAUCGAUGUCUUUGUGGUCAUAGAUCACCCUUUCCGUCAUGGAGGAUGGCAAAUUAAAAGGCAGGGGGACUUUAUUGGGGAGUAUCGGAUACUCGGAAGCGCCCAAUAUGGUUGUUAAGAGUGCAACUACCACACUACAUUGAAGAUCUCUAACACUGUGCAAAGUGCGCGCGAGGUGCGCGCGAGAUCCGAGCAUGGAAACAAUAAUCUGCGUCAAGACGAGAU